AUGGAGCCUGCCUUUGUUCUCUUGCAUGUUGUAAUGUCUUUCAUCAAUUUUUCCAGAGCUAACGGGACUGCCUGUACCCUGCGAGGAGAGACAGUAUACCCACAACUAUCAAAAGAUGGUGAUAUUAUAGUUGGAGGAAUUUUCCCCUUUCAUAGCAGGUGGGAGAUCACAGACUUAUCCUAUUUGAUCAUGCCACCUACAAUGAAGUGCAUGAGUCUUGAUUUUAGCACCUUUCAGUUUUCACAGACCUUGAUCUUUGCAAUAGAGGAGAUCAACAACAGUUCCUCUUUAUUGCCUGGUGUCUCACUGGGCUAUAAGAUCUAUGACACCUGUAGCUCCACAGCAAUGGGGGUCAGAAUGGCCAUGGCACUUAUGAAUGGAAAUGACAACACAGUCUUGGGUGAGCCCUGCACAAAGCCUGCACAAGUACAAGCCAUAAUAGGAGAGACGUACUCAUCAGUGUCCAUGGCCGUAGCAAUGAGUAUCGGACCUUUCAGUAUUCCAUUAAUUAGUCACUACUCAACUUGUGAGUGCCUCAGUGACAAAAGGAAAUACCCCUCAUUUCUGCGUACUAUUCCCAGUGAUUAUUACCAGAGCAGAGCACUGGCAGAAAUGGUCAGGCACUUUGGCUGGACCUGGGUGGGAGCAAUAAGAACUGAUGAUGACUAUGGCAACAGUGGAAUGGCUACUUUUACUAAAGUUGCAGAGCAGUUAGGAGUCUGCUUAGAAUAUUCACUUCCAUUUUUCAGAACAUACUCACAAGAAAAAAUUCUGAGAAUCAUUGACCAGUUAAAAAUGUCUACUUCUCGAGUUAUAGUGGCAUUUCUUGACAUAUGGGACUUAGAGAUUUUGCUUGAGGUAUUUUUUGAGCACAACAUCACUGCAUAUCAGUGGGUGGGAACUGAGGCCUGGAUCUUUGAUCCAGUUUUGGCCACAAUGGACAAGCACAACAUACUGCAAGGAGCCAUAGGGCUGGCAAUUCCCAAAACUGAGGUGACAGGUCUGAAGGACUUCAUUCUAGAUAUAAAGCCACUGAAAACUGCAGGCAGUGCCAUUUUUACUAAAUUUUGGGAGGCAUUAUUUCAAUGCAAAUAUGCAGUGCAAAAUGAUACAGAGGACUCAAUAAUAUGCACAGGUGAAGAGAAAUUAUCCAAAAUUGAGAACACUUUUACCGACCUGUCCUUAAUGCCAGCUUUCAGUAAUGUAUAUAAAGGGGUUUAUGCUAUUGCUCAUACCCUACAUACCAUUCUUGGCUGUAAUGAAACAUGUCCAACAAAGAAGCAGCCUGAUCCUCUCACAUUUCUAGAAAACCUCAAACAGUUGCGUUUCAAAACCAAAGAUGGUGAGGAAGUAUAUUUUGAUAAAAAUGGUGAACCUGCUGCAAGAUAUGACAUAAUAAACUGGCAAACAAGUAAACAACAACUUGAAUUUGUCGCUAUUGGAAGCUAUGUCUCCACUUUUCCUGCUCAUGAUCGAUUAGUGGUAAACAUGACCUCUGCUGUCUGGGCACAAAAUACCAAACAGUUGCCAACAUCUGUAUGCAGUGAGAGCUGCCCUCCAGGCACCAGGAAGGCUGUGCAGAAAGGAAGGCCUGUCUGCUGCUUUGACUGUAUACCAUGUGCAGAAGGAGAGAUCAGUAAUAUGACAGAUUCUAUUAAAUGUGAACAAUGCAAUCAAGAUUCCUGGUCAAACCCACAGAGGGAUAAAUGUGUAAAGAAGGAAAUUGAAUAUCUGUCUUUUGCAGAAACUAUGGGAAUUUUUCUAACAGUAGUUUCUAUUAUUGGUGCAUUUAUGACAAUGGUAAUGCUUCUCAUAUUCCUUAGAUACAAAAAUACCCCAAUAGUCAAAGCCAACAACUCAGAGCUGAGCUUCCUGCUGCUCUUCUCUCUGACUCUGUGUUUCCUCUGUUCACUUACUUUCAUUGGUCAGCCCUCUGAGUGGUCCUGUAUGCUGCGUCACACAGCGUUUGGGAUCACCUUCGUCCUCUGCAUCUCCUGUGUUCUGGGGAAAACAAUAGUGGUGUUAAUGGCCUUCAGGGCUACACUUCCAGGCAGUAAUGUCAUGAAAUGGUUUGGGCCUCCACAGCAGAGACUCAGUGUUCUUGCUUUCACAUUUAUACAGGUCCUUAUUUGUGUGCUUUGGCUAAUAAUUUCACCUCCUUUCCCCUUUAAAAAUCUAAAACGUUAUAAGGAAAAAAUUAUUCUAGAAUGUCAUUUAGGCUCAUCCAUAGGUUUCUGGGCUGUGCUGGGGUACAUAGGUGUCUUGGCUCUCUUGUGUUUUGUUUUGGCUUUUCUAGCACGGAAGCUACCUGAUAACUUUAAUGAAGCCAAAUUCAUCACAUUCAGCAUGCUCAUAUUCUGUGCAGUUUGGAUCACCUUUAUUCCAUCUUAUGUCAGCUCGCCUGGAAAAUUCACUGUAGCUGUAGAGAUAUUUGCUAUUUUGGCCUCCAGUUUUGGUUUACUAUUCUGCAUAUUCCUUCCAAAGUGUUACAUAAUCAUAAUGAAACCAGAGAAGAACACUAAAAAGCCACUUAUGGGUAAAGCACAAGUUAAGUAA